AUGCCGAGAUUGUCCUUGAAGGAUGUGGACCUGCAGCGGCUGCCACAGCAAGCAAGGGCUGCACUCGAAUUCCUGGUGCUGCUGAACCCGAGGGAGAUCAUCCCGGACGCCACGGCUGCCCGCCAGCCAACACUGCUGCCGCCACAGAAACCUGAACAUGCAGGUCGGCGGACCUUGGUCUUGGAUUUGGAUGAGACACUGGUUCACUGUCACUGCCAGCAGGGUGCCUUGCCUGGGCCACAUCCUGAAAUCCAGAUCGAGUUGGAGAAUGGAGAGCCAAAGGCAGUCUUGAGGGCAAAAGUCUUUGCCUUGGACUCAGUUCGCCUUGGUUCGAGUGGGCUUUGGUGUCGCAGGAUCCGCAGAACGACCAAGGCAGCCACAUUGGCACAAGUGGUUUUCCAAUCCCUCCAGCCACCGCAAGUUGCAGAGGGCAUUUCAACCAGGCCGUUCGCCCGGCGACUUCUGCUCCUGGCUGCUGCACGCUUCGAAGCCGGGGAAGCCCAGUUGCUGAGCUUAAAGCCGGGUGCGAGUAGUUCUUCGCCCGAGUUCUUUGGUCCCAUCACCGUGGCCCGGGUGCCGGGGAAGCACCGUGGCCUCGUGUGCGCACGUGCGGUGCGCCGCGGCGAGCUGCUCUUCGCGAACCGGGCCCUGGCGGUGGCCGAGACGCGGAGCUUGCCAGAGGUCACAUGUCAGAAGCUCCGUUCCUGCUCAGAGUGGGACUUUGGCGCAUUCUUCUUGCUGUCGGAUGGCCUCCACACGCCACACGAGCUGCCCAAACUGCCACAGGUGCCAAGGGAAGAGGUAGAGAACAUGGACCAAAGAGCGCGGGAUGUGAAGAAAGAACGUGUGAAGGCCAUCCUCUCUGCCAAUGCUCAUGAGCUGGAUACUUCGGGUGGCCAACUCUCGGCCAUUUUUCUGGUGGCGUCUUUGGUGAAUCAUUCGUGUCGCCCGAGUGCUGCUCGCGUCUUCCUGGGUGACAUGAUGUUUGUCCGUGCCGCACGUGAUCUGAAUGCCGGAGAUGAGAUCACCGAUGGAUACAUCUCCGUGCUGCAGCCCGCUCUGGAGCGCCGCCGGGCCAUCCGCGAGAGGUACGGCUUCGAGCUGUGCGAGGAUCGGAUCUUGGUGGAAGAACACCUCUUUUCAAAGGCUGCAGUGACGGAGCUCCUUGAGAAGAUUGACAAUGCGAACUCCUUGGAAGAUUUCUCAGAGAUUCUGGAGGAGACUCAACGCUUCGUGUCCCGCCAGCUUCGCUCGCUGAGCGACUGCACGGCCGAGAGCGCGACGUGUGUGACAGCUGCCCAGCGAUUGGGCUGCGGGCUCGAACGGCUUUUGCUAGGAGGGUUGGUGAUGCCAGUGCAGGUGGGAAUGGCAACGAUCCUCUCCCAUAUGGGCCGCCAUGCAGAAGCAGCGAAAGGCUACUGCCGCUGUUGCUGGUUGAUGGAAGAGUUGGCGCCGCACAAUGCUUACCAUGCCAAGUGGGCGGUUGAGGCCCUAGUUGAAGCAGCCAAGGCUUCUUUGCCACUGGGCGAUUAUGCUGCCUAUGCGCAACACGUUCUGAACGGUCAUUGUGGACCUGGUGCGCUGGAAGUCUUCCUGGGCACCUCCAAAUCUAUUCUGAAAGGCUUGAACGACCCAAAGGCCUGCAGCCAUCUUUGCCCUGGUGAGGUCCACAUCUCCUGUGGGAUCUCCCAAUCUUCAGAUCUCGAAUUACAAGUGGAUCUCCCACUCUCCUUGAAAGUCUCAGACUUGGAGAUCUCUGCCUGUGGUUUCCUCGUCGAUUUAUGGCUCAAACCUUUAGGCCAUUUCCUCCUGGCCCUUCCCCGCACCGUGGACCCUGACAGCGCCACCGUCCGCCUCCACGCACGCCGGCUCCGGGCCCGCUUCGCACGACCUGGCUGA